GCCAAAUCAAAAUCCCUAACGCCAACGCCGUGCCGGUGCGAAGUUGAAAUUUUUGUUGGAAAUUUUGUAAAAGAAAAAAGUCGCUGCUAGCCGAGCAGGACUCGCGAACGGCGCCUAGGACUCUAAAAUCGGGAAGGGAAGCGAAGCAUGAGCAUGAGCAUGGCACCGGCCACCGUCCUCCACUUGCUGCGCGGCCUCAGCACGCCGCGCGUUCUCACCCGAAUCCAUCAGCACCGCGCAUUGGGUAAUCACCAUAACCACCACCACCACCAGCACAACCAGCAGCACCAGCGACUAUCCACAUGCACAUCGGCAGCUCCUCCGCCAUCGGCGCUCUGCCCCAUCCUGCGCACAGCCCGCGGCUACAGCAGCACAGCCAAGCAAGAAGCAGCUGGAGAAGCCACUGGUGCGGCCACUGAGGCGACCCCGUCUCCCGUAUCGAAUGCCCCGCUGCUGGCCAAGCUCUUUCCGCAGACCUCGCCGGAGGUGGACACCAAUGCCGAACAGGAGCGACAGAAGCAGCAGGAGGAGGAGGCUAAGGAGAACGAGCGCGCCUGGAAGCGCAUGAAGCUGGGCUUCGCAAUCUUUGGAGGCGGCGGCGUGGCUGCUGGACUGUGGGCCGUCUACGAGUUUGGCAAGCCCGAGUUGGAUCCCAACGGGCAGGCGAUCGAGGACGAGUUCACACACAAGCCGCUGGUGCAGCAGUAUCUGCAGCGGAUGUGGAAGAGCAUCCACUACUAUCAGCGCAUGAUUCAGGAGCCGUCGCGGGCCAAGCUGCUGCCCGAUCCGCUCAAGCCGCCGUACGUGCAGCCGCGCUAUACGCUUGUGCUGGAGAUGAAGGACGUGCUGGUGCAUCCGGACUGGACCUACCAGACUGGCUGGCGCUUCAAGAAGCGUCCCGGCGUCGAUCAUUUCCUUGCCGAGUGCGCCAAGGACUUUGAAAUAGUUGUCUUCACCGCCGAGCAGGGCAUGACCGUGUUCCCCAUACUGGAUGCGCUUGAUCCCAACGGUUACAUUAUGUACCGCCUGGUCAGGGAUGCCACGCAUUUUGUGGACGGACACCAUGUGAAGAAUCUGGAUAACCUCAAUCGCGACCUGAAGAAGGUGAUUGUUGUUGACUGGGAUGCGAAUGCCACCAAGAUGCAUCCGGACAACACAUUCGGCAUGCCUCGCUGGCAUGGCAAUGACGAUGAUGGGCAGUUGCUGGACCUCAUCGCCUUCCUGAAGAUAAUUGCACAGAGCAACGUGGACGAUGUGCGUGAGGUGCUCCACUACUAUCGCCAGUUCGACGAUCCCAUCAAUCAGUUCCGGGAAAACCAGCGCAAGUUGGCCGAACAAAUGCAGGAGGCGGAGCGCAUCGAGCAGUCGAAGACCAAGCCCAUGGUCAAGCAGUGGUCGCGCAACAUUUUGGGGCGCUAGGAGGCUGGCCAUCGCGCACACCCCGUCCCGUUCCAUAUGCAUACCUUAACCUUCCUUCCGCCUGCCCCGGAGCACACACAAACAAACAUACCCUGCAGCAGCACACUGGCCAUAUUUUUUCGUCGACUAAGAGUAGGAGUAGGAGUUGGAGAGUAGGCAGCAGGUUGGGAAGGCACGCUUUUUCCUUUGCUCCUUUGGGUGAAGUGAGGACAAGGCGCCUGCUUUUGUUUUAUUAAAUAACUAAACUUGCUUGUUUUUGUUGUUUGGCAAUGUAAUCAUAAUAUUAUUAUAAACAGACGACUUAACCGCGAAACCAAAUACAAAACA